GCCAGUGAUCCCAAUGGCAAGGCACAAGCCAGAAGGGUCCAGCUUCUACAUGACCCAACUGUCCAUGGCUCUGGCUUAUUCCUUUAACCCAGAUGCCAGUGUGCAGCCCCACCCACAGCUGGGCAGCGCCCAGCAGCAGAAAGGGUUAGGAAAGGCACAGGAACAGGAACAGGCACAGGCCGGCAUCAUGCCCUACCAGUACCCAGCGCUGACCCCGGAGCAGAAGAAGGAGCUGAGUGACAUCGCUCACCGCAUCGUGGCUCCGGGCAAGGGCAUCCUGGCUGCAGAUGAGUCCACCGGGAGCAUUGCCAAGCGGCUGCAGUCCAUUGGCACCGAGAACACCGAGGAGAACCGCCGCUUCUACCGCCAGCUGCUGCUGACCGCCGACGAGCGGGUCAACCCCUGCAUUGGGGGCGUCAUCCUCUUCCACGAGACGCUCUACCAGAAGGCAGAUGACGGGCGUCCCUUCCCCCAGGUCAUCAAAUCCAAGGGCGGUGUUGUGGGCAUCAAGGUUGACAAGGGCGUGGUACCCCUGGCAGGAACAAACGGUGAAACUACCACCCAAGGGCUGGAUGGGCUGUCUGAGCGCUGUGCCCAGUACAAGAAGGACGGAGCUGACUUUGCCAAGUGGCGCUGUGUGCUGAAGAUUGGGGAACACACCCCUUCAGCCCUGGCCAUCAUGGAAAAUGCCAAUGUUCUGGCCCGUUACGCCAGCAUUUGCCAGCAGAAUGGCAUCGUGCCCAUCGUGGAGCCUGAGAUCCUCCCCGAUGGGGACCAUGACUUGAAGCGCUGCCAGUAUGUCACUGAGAAGGUGCUGGCCGCUGUCUACAAGGCUCUGAGUGAUCACCACAUCUAUCUGGAAGGCACCUUGCUGAAGCCCAAUAUGGUGACCCCUGGCCAUGCCUGCACCCAGAAGUUUUCUAACGAGGAGAUUGCCAUGGCAACUGUCACAGCACUGCGCCGCACAGUGCCCCCCGCUGUCCCUGGGAUCACCUUCCUGUCUGGAGGACAGAGUGAGGAGGAGGCAUCCAUCAACCUCAACGCCAUCAACAAAUGCCCCCUGCUCAAGCCCUGGGCCCUCACCUUCUCCUAUGGCCGAGCCCUGCAGGCCUCCGCCCUGAAGGCCUGGGGUGGGAAGAAGGAGAACCUGAAGGCGGCCCAGGAAGAAUACAUCAAGCGGGCCCUGGCCAACAGCCUUGCCUGCCAGGGGAAGUACGCCCCAAGCGGCCAGUCCGGGGCUGCGGCCAGCGAGUCCCUCUUCGUCUCUAACCACGCCUACUGAGCAUCUCUAAUCACGCCCACCGAGCAGGUUCUAAGCUGGCACGACACUCCAGGCCCCGCCCCCUCCCGCUGACUCUGGAAGAGGGGUCUUCCUCCCGGGCUUCAGGCUGCUUGCUUCCAUCAACCACUCCAGCCUCCCUUGUGACAGUGGUGUGUGGUGUUGUCUGUGUACGCUAACUCCAUUGCCCUUGCCAGCCCACUGCCAAUAAACAACUACUGAAGGGGG